UGGAUCAAAUGGACGGCUGCGAUCGUCACCAGCCUAGUUGACCUUGCAAAAUUUUAUUCCGGUAGUGCUCCGCCUCUCGCUCCCAACCGGGAUAUAAUACUCCCGCCAAUAACUUCCGGCACAGGUGAAGGUCCCAACGAGACCAGCAGCAAUGUCGCAUAUGCUCCCUGUAUAAAGUCGCCGCGAGAUCCAGCGGAAACUUUUUCCUGCUCCGGCCGCCAUUGCUGCGACCCUGUGAAGCUUCUGCAUGUGCUCGCAUGGUGAAACUCUUGUCCAUCUUUGAGCAAAUCCAUUUUACAUACUCGUCUUGUCGAUGCUCGUUCCAAUCUAGAGUUGUAGACUAGAGCUGCUUGAUUCCGUUGCACCAUCGAGAUUCUUGGGUUCUUUCUUUGUUCAUGGAGGGGGUGGAGGAGGCCAACCGUGCGGCGGUGGUGAGCUGCAAGAGGCUGGUCGCGCGCCUCUCGCUGUCCGCCGGCGACCCGUUCCGGCUCGCCGCCGUCGCGGCCGAGACCGAAGAGGCCGUGUCCCGGUUCGGCAAGGUGGUCAACAUCCUCAGCAGCAGGGUCGGCCAUGCGAGGGCCAGGGUCGGCCGGAGGAGCUCGCCGGCCGGCGAUCCCAUUGCGAGGUGCCUCCUUGAGUACCACCCUCCCCCGCCGGUGCCGUAUUGCCCACCUGCCACUGCCACUGCCACUGCCACUGCCCCCCAGCUCCAUGGGAGUAGCAGUAGCACUCCUGCGCCGCCGACGCCGCUGAAGCAGAUGCCGGUGCCGGUGGUGGCGGCAGCUCCUUGUGCCGCCGGCAACGGCAAGGUCGUUGCACCGGCGGACAACUGUGAUGCAGACAGGGACAUGUUCUUCGAUACGCCGCUCCUGGAUUUGAGUGGGUGCAGCGUCACUCCCGCCUCCAUCGCCGCCGCGCAGAUCAACGGCUCGAGAGUUUCGGCAGCUCCGGCGGCCAAGCCUACAGACAGGGGCAUGUUCUUCCAGACGCCGCUCCUGGAUUUGAGCGGGUGCGGCGUUACUCCCGCCUCCAUUGCCGCCGCGCAGAUCAACGGCUCGAGAGUUUCGGCAGCUCCGGCGGCCAGUCAUCCUCCUCCCCCGCCACCUCCACCUCCUCCUCAAAUCCUAUUCCACCAUCAGAUUCCGCAGCAGCAGCAGCAGAAGAAGAGGCCGCUCGAGCAGCAGAGGCCGGCCAGCAGCGACAACAAGAGGUUCCACUUCGAGCAGAAGCCGGCGAGCGAGAAGCCAUUCCACAUCGAGAUCCCGGCGGCGAGGAGCGGCAAGGAGCCGGAGGUGAUCACCUUCAGCUUCGACAACUCGGUGUGCACCUCGUCGGCGGCCACCUCCUUCUUCACCAACAUGAGCAGCCAGCUGAUCACCAUGUCGGAGAGCUCCGCCUGCGCGCCGGCGUCCAGGAAGGCGGCGCACAAAGCCGACGACGACGGCAAAUGCCACUGCCCCAAGAAAAAGAAGCCGAGGGAGAAGAGGGUGGUGAGGAUGCCGGCGGUGAGCGACAAGGUGGCCGAUAUACCGUCGGACAAUUACUCGUGGAGGAAGUACGGGCAGAAACCCAUCAAAGGAUCUCCACACCCAAGGGGAUACUACCGGUGCAGCAGCAUCAAGGACUGCCCGGCGAGGAAGCACGUGGAGCGGUGUCGUGGCGACGCCGGGAUGCUCAUCGUCACCUACGAGAACGACCACAACCACGCGCAGCCGCUCGACCUAGCCACGCUCACCGCCAACUCCGAAGCCUGACUUUGAGGCCCCACGGCCAGUGACAGAAGAAGAUAGAAGAGUUCUGAAUUUUUAGUUACGCCAUGGAUGGAAUGGAGCAUGUCAUAUUCAGGUGUUCUUGGUUAUUCGGUCUGACCAAGAAUUGUAGCACGAAGGCGAGGAUUUAUUUUUCCGCGAUGUAUAGUGAACGCUUGAUUGUCCGUAUAUUUACCUUUCAAAUUUCUUCUGCUAGUAGCUCCCUGUCUGUUCAAUUGUGGUGUACACACAAAUAACAUGCAUACUCCCUUCUUCCGGAAA